CCUUCUUUCAUUUAAUGCAAGCAGUCAAGGAAUUGACUGGUAAGAAGCAUUCUCACGAAUUAUGAUUGGCUGGUCCGAGUGACACACAAUAUAAAAAGGGGAUCAGUUUCCCCUCUUUUUCCGUUUUUCUAUUUUCCUUUUUUCUUCAUUCUUUACAGUCCAGGAACGAGGAACAUGCAUUUUCUACCUACAGCAACAAAACAGCCGCUUUUUAGGCAUACAUCAGGCUUUUGCAGACUGCCUAAUGAAGUCUUAUUGUCGAUAUGUCAGUAUCUUUCUGUGCCUGACAUCCUUAACUUACUGUAUCAGUCAAAUAAGCAACUUCAAACCGUUGUAAAGUCGGUCCUCAUCAAUAGACUACUACAUCAAGACAAUUGCUGUCUGUUACGAUUGUGCUUUGAUCAAGAGAGUCAUUGGCGAUUUACUGUUGAUUUUAAAUUAACCAAAGCUACUGAGGGAAGACUGUCCUUCGCGCCAGUGAAUCAAAUUAGCCUACGCAUGUACACUUCAAAAUUGUUACGGAAACCAGUACUCUAUAAAGCGUAUCUAGUGGGACCUGAUUUUAUGACAGAUACUUCAUCCACCACUUACCAAUCCCUCGUCGACAACCUGAUCAAAUCAUCUUUACCGCUGCACAUCAAGGAAGUAGGCUUGCAUCAGGAACAUUACCCAACGAAGCAAAACUUGUCCCUCUCCUACAAAAUAUCGAAAACGCCAAGCAAUGAGCCGAAAAUAAGACCAGGCGAAAGAUGGGUUGAACCAACAGGCUUUGAAUGCUCCUUUAGCUUCUUAUCUCAGCAAAAGAAUAGGAUUCAAAGAGUCAUGGAUACGCUGAGCCCUCGAUCUACGCGUAGUCGAUCUAUUGAUUACCAAGCUUAUAAUUUAGCUUGGAACGGAAAUCAUUCGUUGGUCCUUUAUCCAACAACACGCCAGACAGUUGAGAUAGGAGGGUAUUAUAGGCAGAAAUACCGAUACAUCUCUCCCUUGGACAGAUCCAUCAUGGCUCCCUUCCUAGGAGGUCUUACCACUACAACAUUGGACCUUCCAAGGACGACGGCUGCAGGUGGUAGUGGUGGUGGUUAUAGAAUAGAUGUAUUUGGCAGAGCAUAAAGUGUAUGCCAAUUCCCAACAAACAAAACACACGCACACGCACACGCACACACAUACAGCAAUUAUUUAUUCGGCCAUCCGUUCCUCUAAAUUACUUUUUAUCUAGUAAUUUGAUAUCCCUCCCUUCUCUUGUUCCGUCAUACUUUUCACUAUUACUGCUAUUACUAUGAUGAAUGCCUACCCAGUGUCACCAAUUUAAUGCAUUUCACUAAUUAAUAUUUGUAUCUUAAAUAUACUACCGCCAUCUUUGGCUUAUUU